UACAGUUACAUCAUUUUGACAUUACUUAUGCUAUCGUUCUCACUGUUGGCCCAUUGGUUGGCCUGUAUUUGGUAUGUGAUUGCCGUCGAAGAGAUAGAACUGAAUCCAAUCAAUUGGGACGUCGGAUGGUUACAUCAGUUGAGCAGCAAAUUGGGUUACGAGACGGAGACUAGUAAUCUGACGGACUUUUCCUCAUACAUAACGGCCCUCUACUUCACGACAUCCAGUCUGACGUCCGUUGGGUUCGGCAAUGUGUCGGCCAAUACGGACGCCGAGAAAGUAUUCUCCAUAUUAAUUAUGUUAAUCGGAGCCCUUAUGCACGCCGUUGUCUUCGGUAACGUGACGGCAAUCAUCCAACGCAUGUACGCCCGCCGUUCCCAAUACCAGACCCGACUCAGAGAUCUGAAAGAUUUUUUCAAAUUACAUCAAAUACCAAAACCUAUGCGCCAGAGAAUGACUGACUAUUUUCAGACGACGUGGUCUCUCAAUAAUGGCAUCGAUCACAACGAAUGUAUGAUUGCUGUGAACACUAGUGAACACGAAUGCAUGACAUGA